UCUCACUCUCUCCCCUCCUCUCUCCUCAACACACCAACAGCAUCCUCUCAAUCCACCCACUUCUCUCUCCACUCUCGCUCUAGAUCACAGCCCUUGGCUUCUAAAAUCCAAUGGCUGCCGCGGUUUCAACCGUUGGAGCUGUCAACAGAGCACUGCUGAACCUGAAUGGCUCUGGUUCUGGAUCCCCAGUUCCAAGCUCAGCCUUCUUGGGUGGCAGCUUGAAGAAGCUAAGCUCCAGAACUACCAGCCCCAAGGUUCCAUCAGGAACCUUCAAGGUUGUUGCUGAGACUGAAGAGAAGAAACAGACCGAGAAGAAACAGACCGACAAGGACAGAUGGAAAGGCCUUGCCUUUGACACUUCCGACGACCAACAGGACAUCACAAGAGGAAAGGGUAUGGUGGAUUCGCUUUUCCAAGCUCCCACGGGAGCUGGAACUCACCAUGCAAUCAUGAGCUCUUACGAUUACAUCAGCACCGGACUUCGUCAGUACAACUUGGACAACAAUAUGGAUGGUUUCUACAUUGCUCCGGCUUUCAUGGACAAGCUUGUUGUUCACAUCAGUAAGAACUUCAUGACCUUGCCCAACAUCAAGGUUCCACUCAUCUUGGGUAUUUGGGGGGGAAAAGGUCAGGGUAAAUCUUUCCAGUGUGAGCUUGUGUUUGCCAAGAUGGGAAUCAGCCCUAUCAUGAUGAGUGCUGGAGAGUUGGAGAGUGGCAAUGCAGGAGAGCCCGCGAAGCUGAUCAGGCAAAGGUAUCGUGAAGCAGCUGAUAUAAUCAGGAAGGGGAAGAUGUGCUGCCUCUUCAUCAAUGAUCUUGAUGCAGGAGCUGGUCGGAUGGGUGGAACUACGCAGUACACGGUCAACAACCAAAUGGUUAAUGCCACCCUCAUGAAUAUAGCCGACAACCCAACUAAUGUCCAGCUCCCCGGUAUGUAUAACAAGGAGGACAAUGCCCGUGUCCCCAUCAUUGUCACUGGUAAUGACUUCUCAACACUGUAUGCUCCCCUCAUCCGUGAUGGUCGUAUGGAGAAGUUCUACUGGGCACCUACUCGUGAAGAUCGUAUUGGUGUCUGCACUGGCAUCUUCCGUACUGACAAUGUCCCUGAAGAAGACGUUGUCAAGAUUGUUGACACCUUCCCUGGUCAAUCCAUUGAUUUCUUUGGUGCUUUGAGGGCAAGAGUUUAUGAUGAUGAGGUGAGGAAGUGGAUUUCGGGUGUUGGGGUUGACGGCGUUGGGAAGAAGCUUGUGAACUCAAAGGAGGGACCCCCAACCUUCGAGCAGCCAAAGAUGACACUCGAGAAGCUCCUCGAGUACGGAAACAUGCUUGUCCAAGAGCAGGAGAAUGUGAAGAGAGUCCAAUUGGCUGACAAGUACUUGAGUGAGGCCGCGCUUGGAGAAGCUAACGAGGAUUCUAUUAAGAGAGGAACUUUCUAUGGUUAGCACCCUUGAUCCUAGAGGCCUUGACGGGAGGCAAAGCAGCCCAGCAAGUUAAUUUUCCAGUUCCUGAAGGUUGUACCGAUCAAAAUGCAGCGAACUAUGAUCCGACGGCUAGGAGUGAUGAUGGAAGCUGCUUGUACACAUUCUAGGCCUUUUUUCUAGGUAUCUCUUAGAAAUGUACUUUCUAAGGAUGUAAGGCAAAUUAAUACAGUAAGACUGUUGCCUCAGUUUGCAUAGAUGAGUUUCCUGUAAUUUUUGUGUUGUAAUGUACACUGGGUUUAUUCUCGAAAGUUGGCUAUUCUUAUUAGUACCAACUCAAGUUAGUGUGUUCCUCCAUCAAGCAGGGACUUUGCUUCUUUAA